AUGGAUGUGCUGAGCGAGACGAGAGCGAAAAAGAGAAAGAAUUCAGGGGAAAAAAAGGGAGAGUGCUGUGGUGUUCGUGCCUUCCUGCGGAUGUGCCUAUGCCACCCAAGUGCCAGCCAGAUCCACCAUCUGCUCAUCCCAGGACACAGGCGCUCUGUCUGGGAGGACAAAUACCAACACUCUGCUCUCUCUUUCCCCUCCUAUACCCCACCCUUAAUCACAUCCCAGUGUGCCUCUGUGAGUAAAGCGAGAGAACCAACUGAGAAAAGGAGUGGAGGGAAAGAACGGGUAUCACUUUACUUGACGCCUAUCUCUAUAACGCAUUAUAAAUAUAUGUAUAAUGUGUUAUAA